CAGACGCCAAAGAAGCGGUUUGCGUGUCCCAAGUGCAGCCGGCUCUUUUCGAGGCAGGAGCACGUCGCCCGCCACUUUGCCUCGCACAGCAAUGAGACAUCGUUUGUCUGCCCCAAGUGCUCGCGCUCCUUUGGCCGGAGGGACGCGCUGAAGCGGCACCAGUCGGUCCACCAGCCCCGCAGAGCACCGCUCCCGCGCGAGCUCGACGAUGUGGCCGCCGAUGCCCGACGGCGAGCAGCACUCUCGCGGACUAAGCGGGCGUGCUUGCGCUGUGCCAGGGCCAAGCUCAAGUGCGAUGGCAACGAGCCAUGCUCGCGGUGCAGGGAGCGC